CUUCCUUCUUCACAGCCUCCUUCACAUCUGUCAAGAGCGAGAAGAUGAAGCUCCUUGCAGCUGUGGGGGUGCUGCUGCUUGCGCAGAAUCUGAUUGCAGAAGGAACAACUACAGCAAUGCCAGAGGAAGCGUAUCCAACUUCAGCCCGGUAUCUGCCUCCUGUAUUUCCAGAGACAAGGCAUCCUGCAGAGGCAUUUACCAAUGUGACCGGCGUUGUGGAUGACCACGGAAUAUGCCAGUGCUCAGUUUACCUGCCCGAUACGACAUUUCCUGCACAGAAAGUGGAAUACCUUGAAAUUCUGGCUAAGGAGCUCUCCGUCAAAUUUGACAGUGAACUUUCAAAAGUGAGCCAGUACACCGAAUUAAUCACGCUCUACGAAAAAAAGAUUCAAAAUUUAACCGUCAAGAUUGAGCACAUGGAGAAGUCCAGCAUAACUUACACAGAGUUGGAUUUCGAAUUAAUCAAACUGGAAAUCACGGAGAUGGAGAGGUUGAUUGUCCAGCUGAAGACGUCGCUUACGGGAAGCAACGUGUUGGUGGAGCAGUUGUAUGUCGAGAUUAGGAAUUUGAGCGUCAUGGUGAAUGGACUGGAAGUGUUCGAUAAGAAUAACGUCCUUGCGGUUCGCCGGGAAGUUGCCGCGCUGCGGGCUAAGUUGGAGGAGUGUGAGAAGGCUCGAAACCAGACCGUCCAACAUCCCUACUUCCCACCUGGAAACUGUGGUCAUGGCCCGAUUACAAACGUCAGCCAACCUUACGUGAUCCAACUGAAUUGGAGAGGGUUUUCCUACAAAUACGGAGCCUGGGGAAGAUACUCCUCCCCUCUUAGCCCUGGAAAAGAGAUGUAUUGGGUUGCACCUCUAAACCCAGAAGGAAGAUACCUGGAAUAUUAUCGACUCCAUGAUUCCUAUGACAACUUAUUGCUCUUCAAAUACUCCAAGGAAUACAUGUAUAGGUACGGUGAAGGCAGUGGAACAGCUGUGCAUAACAAUCACAUGUACAUUAAUAUCUAUUCCUCAAGAGAUAUGGGCAGGAUAAAUUUGGCCACCAAUACGUUGGUGUUGAGGAAGCCUCUCCCAAAUGCCGUGUAUAACAAUCGGUUCUCCUACGCAGGGGUAGCUUGGCAAGACUUAGAUUUUGCCGUGGAUGAGAAUGGCUUGUGGGUGAUUUACUCCACCGAAGCGAGCCAAGGUAACAUUGUCAUUAGCAAGAUUAAUGAAACGACUCUGGAUGUGCUCAACACAUGGCAAACGACGCAAUAUAAGCCCGCAGUCUCUAAUGCAUUUAUUAUAUGUGGGGUGCUCUAUGCAACCAGGCCUCUCAACACGCGGAAAGAGGAGAUAUUUUACUCCUUUGAUAUCAACACUGGGAAAGAAGGGAGGCUGAGCAUUAUUGUCGAUAAAGUCCUGGAAACCAUUCAGAGCAUCAACUACAGCCCCAUAGAUAGGAGGCUGUACGUCUACAACGAUGGUUACCUGGUUCGCUACGGCUUAAAUUUUGAGCCCCUUCCCCCACAGUAAUUUUCCCAGGGAAAUUAGAAGCUCUCACUCUCCAAAUCCUGCAAAAUAUUGAGAAAUCCAAAGGCAAAAGGGAACAAAGAUUGGAUCCAUUGGCAAAUCGUCAUCACACAUAGCAAAAGGAGUGGUGCGGUGGCCUAGGGGUGGACUUCUCGCCUCACAACCAGGAGGCGGUGUGUUCAAUCCUAGGUAGAGGGAGAUAUUUCUCUCUCUCUCUGGGCACACUGAGAAUUUAUCUGCUGAACAAAACUCCACAUUGGCGACAGGGAAGGGCAUCUGGCCAUUAAAACACUCUGCUAGGUCCAUUCGGUUGCCCAGACUUCACCCUGCAAGGGAUUAUGGGGUCAUUAAAAGAGUAUGAUGAUGAUCAAACAUAGCAAAGAAAAUUGGCUGCUCACUUCAUUAAAAAUAUAUAUAUUUUUAAAAGCCAACAACAGGAUUUGGGUAGAGUAGAGGUGAUAUAAUCAGUGUAUCAGGAGAGAGUUGAAAAAAAUCCCCCCCCCAAUUGUUUGUUUUUAACAGGGAUUAUACACUCCUGUUUUCUGAAAGAAAACCAAUCCAAAUUGUUCUACUUUUGGGACAAAUUUGGCAUAGGUUUUUGGUGAGAACUGGUUUUGGGAAAAGAGGCUUAGAGUUUUAUUGAUAUUCAACCCGAGAGACCUAACUGGUUUCAGAUCCAGUGGCUUCCUAAUUUUGCUGGCCUUCAUUCCUUGAUUAUGUUUUUUUUUUUUAAUACCACAAAGUGUCAUGCAAACACAUAAAAGUUCGAUUACUUUUAUGGUCCAGUGUGUGGUGUGAACUUAUUAAAAAAGGUUAAACCAGCUGCAGCCUGUUGGGUUAACACUGCAACCCCAAUAUCCUAUAUUUUGUGUAGAUAGGACAAUCCAUUUUAGCAGAUUCACAUAAAUUUCAUUUUUUUUUAAAAAAAGUAUGGGUAGUUCUCGACUUAUGGCAACAAUUGAGCUCAAAAUUCCUGUUGUUAAGUGAGACGUUUGUCCAGUGCAUUUUUUGCCCCAUUUUGCGGCUUUUCCUGCCGCGGUUGAUAAGUCAGUCACACGGUUGUUAAGUGAAUCCCCUUGACUUCGUUUGUCAAAAGGGGAUCACGUGACCCCGGGGCAAAGGAACUGUGAUAAGUGUGAAGCAGUUGCCUAGCAUCUGAAUUUUGAUCACUUGAUUCUGGGGAUGCAGCAAAGGUCAAUAACUCUGAAAAAACGGCUGUGAAGCCAUAUUUUUCAGUGCCAGGGCAACCUGUUGUAAAUCGAGGACUACCUGCACUUAAAGUAGGAUAAUUGCCUUGAGUGGCAGCCAUUGAGAGGUUUGGGGAUUAAGCUAAGAUGGCGGCAGGAAGGGCCGUGGCUUCAAUCAUGCUGCCAUAACAACCAUUUUGAGCCUGAUGCAUACUGGUCCCAUUCAGUUAUAUUAGCAUCUAUCUGUUCCAGAUCCACCAGUUUUCGGCAAUUGUUGUGUAUAUUUGAGAUUGCAUAAAAUGUAAUGUGGUUUUUUUCCCCCCCUGGAAUGAAUAAAAAUAAAAACAAUGCCUUCA